AUGUUGCCAAACAUUUGUUGGCAUUUCUCCAUAUUUUAUUGUUUUAUAAUGUUAUUGGCUAUUUUUGAUGACAAUUCCUCAGCUAAUGCUAGUUUUUUUAAAUCUAAAAGAAGCCAUGUUGGUUAUCAAAAAUUAGAAAAAGUGGACGAUGAAGCUGAAAAUGGGGAAUUGGAGAACGAGGGGAAACAACCCAAAAUUGAUUAUGAGGAAAAGUUUAAAGAAAUGGAAGUUGAAGCAAAACUUGUUGGAAAUUUUGAGAAAUAUAAGAAAAUAGCUCUUGGUUUUAUUGAAACUAUAACAGAUUUCGAAAAUAUAGACAAAUAUAUAGCCAAAUUUGAUGAUCUAAAAACUUUAGAUAAAGAAAUUCUAAAAUUCUUUAAAAAUGCCCCAUCUUUUAAAAAAUUUAUAGAUCAUUUCAGCAAACGUUACCAAGCUAUAAACACGUCUAAAAAUACGUCGAAAACACUCAAGAAAAAUUUUGAGGUUUGUUUAUACAUAUUUUAUUUAAACAUUUAA